UUCAUUGGUGCAUGUUUUGGUAACGGACUGAUAGUAUUUACUCCUUUAAAACUAGUCAUUUUCGUUUACGCAAAAUGAAACACAGUUCAAACGUCCCAGCAUUUCUCACAAAGCUUUGGGCCCUCGUCGAGGAUUCGGAUACAAAUGAAUUUAUUUGCUGGAGUCAGGAAGGGAACAGUUUCCUUGUAUUGGAUGAACAAAGGUUUGCAAAAGAGAUUCUCCCAAAGUUUUUCAAGCACAAUAACAUGGCCAGCUUUGUUCGACAGCUCAACAUGUAUGGUUUUCGCAAAGUGAUGCACAUUGACACAGGCAUUGUGAAGCAAGAGCGAGAUGGACCUGUUGAAUUCCAGCAUCCGUACUUCAAACAUGGGCAAGAUGACCUGCUAGAAAACAUCAAGAGAAAGGUGUCCAAUUCACGGCCUGAAGAAUGCAAAAUAAGACAAGAAGAUCUUUCUAAAAUUCUCACAAGUGUUCAGGACUUCCACGAGCAGCAAGAAAAUAUGGAUGCUAGACUUGCUGCCUUGAAAAGAGAAAAUGAAGCUCUUUGGACGGAGCUUUCAAACCUCAGACAGAAACACGCCCAACAACACCAAGUUAUAAAGGAGCUGGUGCAGUUCAUCUUCACAUUGGUUCAGAACAAUCGUAUGUUAAAUUUGAAACGCAAACGGCCACUUGCUCUGAACAGUAAUGGAAAGAAGUCAAAAUUCAUCCAUCAGAUCUUUGAAGAACCCAUAGAACAUAGUAAAUCUACAGUAAAUGAACUCAAUGGACUGAACACCAGUUCCAACAUUUCCGAUGAUGUCAUCAUCUGUGAUGUCACUGACAAAGACCCAGAAGUUACAGAUGGCAUAUCUGUAUCAGUUGAUCAAGGUUAUGAAAGCAGCCCAAUCAAAAAAAACAACAGCGGAAAGGGCACUAUAACAAAUUCAGCCACUCAACAAGAGCCAGUACCUAAAAGCACCUCUGACUUUUCACCGAUCAGUAGUUCCGUGCAAUCAAACAAACCUUCUGGUCUGAGUUCGGAGGAUCCAGUCAAGCUGAUGGACUCCAUUCUUUGUGAGAAUGGAGCCAUUUCACAAAACAUCAACCUUCUUGGCAAAUUUGAGCUGAUGGACUAUCUGGACAGUAUCGACUGCAGUCUGGAGGACUUUCAGGCCAUGCUCUACGGAAAACAAUUCAGCACUGACCCAGAUAUCAUAGCGGAAACUGUCUUGGAAACAAAAGAUGAUAUCAAUAAAGCCAACAAAGGAAAGUCUGAACAUGAUAAUGCUGAUAAGCAGCUGAUCCAGUACACCACAUGCCCUCUGCUGGCCUUCCUGGAUGGAUGCACCCCUCUUGGCCCACCCACAGAUCCCCCAACUGAAAACCUGAGCCCAGCAGAUCUGUUGGACAAGGCCCUGGAGAUGGAGACAGAGAUCCCACGCAGCUCGCUGAUCAGGCUGGAACCCCUCACAGAAGCAGAGGCGAGCGAGUCAACGCUGUUCUACCUGUGCGAACUGAACUCUGACCUGCCCAGUGCCGACACACCACAGCUGGAUAUCUAAAAGGCAAAACAGGGACUGGACCUUUUUUGAUUUUUAAAUAUUCAUCGAAAUUAUGAUCUAUUUAUUUGCCAGAAUGUUCUUGGUACCAUUCUUCCAGGAGUUUGUCAUUCCUUCACGUUGAACAUAAUUCUUGUUACACCGUUCACUAGUUACUGUACUUUUCACCAUCUCUUGCAGGAGAACAGUUAUGCAGCUGAACAUUGCAGCUAUUUUGUGAAAUAUGUGUGUUUCUUUUUUACAUUUAUAUGACAAGUUCACUGAUCUAGUUCAGUAAAGAUCAAAGAAUGUUGUGGGACAGUUAUCCUUUAAUAAUAUGGGGUAGAAGUGCCUGUGGGAUGUCCAGAUCUUAAUGUGAAGAAUUUUGCUUGUGGUUUGUUCAGUAAUGUUGGUGUUACCGUGAGAUUUUCAUCAUGAUAUUAAGCUUGGCUGUAGCAUUAAAGUACCUUAAACAUGUCAGCUGGCGUUUAUGAUAUUCACUUUUGACACACAACUUGUCUUAAAAACAACACAUUGAAGGGUUAUUCGUUUUGUGAUAAAUACAUGAUCUAUAAUGCCCAGUGUUUCAACCGGCUGAAAGCCACCUGACUACUUUGUGUUUGGUUUCAAGUAAGCACAAAUCAGAGAAAAGCAUUGAUGCAAAUGCAUUUAUUUUGCUAUGUUUAAUCCUCUCAUCCACACUGGAAUAGCACUGAAAAAUUAGACUUUAGAAAACACUCUGUCACUGCAUACUUUGGAAAGCGAUAAGUGUGGACGUGCCGUGGCCUUAUUUCCUAAUCCACACAUUUGAGUAAUCAGUUGUCCACGCUAAUCAAUUUUUGUAAAAAAAAAAACCAAUGUUUCCUUAUGUCAUCAUUUUCAUAAUUCUCUUUUACCACAAUAAUGUGGUGAUAGAGAGCAUUUCCA